GCCAAAAUUUUCUCAAACUUACACAAAAAAAAAGGUUCCAAAAGGCCAUGAAAUGAGAUAUGAACGAGAGAAAAAGCAAAUGUGUACAUUUUUUAAAAAUUUUUUUGACAACUUUCAUGUAUCUUCUCAUGCAAUUUUUUUUUUUUGUGGGCUUCGUUUGUUUGUGUCUGAUUUUUCUCUUCUUUUUCUCUCUCAAAAUCUUCCUAGAAAACAUGGAUCCAGCAGAUCCAAAAAUCGCCAUUUUUAGCUACUUUUCAUGGAGUUUCAGAAAUACCCACUUCAUUUUUUCUUCUGAGAGAAUCUUCCUCUUAUCUUCUCUGUAUCUGAUCCUUGUCUAAAACCUUUCUCAAAGGAUACCCACGAUGGUUUUCCUUCUACUUUGCAGAAAACCAAGUCCAUGAGCUCAAAAAAGUUGUUUUUAUUUUUUUAAGGUUGCUUUUGUCUUGGUACUGGCUCAGUUUAAAUCUAUUGUAUUAGCAAUUGAGAUUUGUGCCCAAACUUUCAUGACAAUGCUAGGAAUGCAAGCAGACGUACAGCACAAGAGCCACUUCCCAGGGUGUUAUACUGCUUGGGACCUCAAUUUGGAUGCCAAUGGCGCUGUAUGGCCCACAGAUAAUAAUGUUGGUAAAAUCUUAAGGAAUAGACAGUACUAUAAUGGUACUUGGCCACUGUCUUCGGAUUCCAAUAUGUUUUACAACAAGGGUUUACUAAAGCAGACAAUGCUCAAGCAUGAAGCAGAAUUUAGGGAUCAGAUCCGUGAACUCCAUCAGCUUUACAGGAGACAGAAGGAAUUAAUGGAAGAAAUGAAAAAGAACAACUUAUAUAAACAUCGUUGCAGUAUGGAGAGCUUACAAUCAAAUCAUGUUUUAUCUCCAAAGUCAUCUAAUUAUGUACAAAUACCACACCACAUUUCCACCUCUAUUAACUUUGUGCAUUGUCAGCCCUCUAAUUCAGAAGCUAAAGGUAGCAUUUUGCCUUUGCAAUUAUAUGAUGGAAAUAGAGGGCAAGCAGGUCUUGAUCCUACUCGUAUUGAAAGCUCUUCAAAGGCCUCUAAGUUCACAGAGUCCAAUUGCAAAAAGUUUGGCAAAAAGAUCUUGGAUCUUGAACUACCAGCUGAUGAUUACUUUGAUAGUGAAGAAGAGGGGUUUUCAGAAGUGAAAAUGGCACCUGAAGUGACUGAUAUAGCAGCUAAUUCUCUAAAGAAAAUUCCUGAGGUUAGAGAUAGGGGAGAUAAUGGCAGUGGUUGCAACAUUGUUUUCCCUGAAGGGAAUUUUAUUCCUAGUUCCAUUUCUUCGAAGAAAAAAGUUAUGGCUGAUUUAAAUAUUCCUGUCGAACUUGAGGAAGAUAUAAUUCCUGAGUUCAGUAACUUUCAGGAUCCUGUUAUUGGCCACAGUGAAACUUUAUUACAGGAUCCCUCUGGAAAAUCAGAUUUGAACUUUCAUGUUCUGUCCGAAGAAGUAAUUCCAAAUAGCCAGAUCAUGCAGGGCCCAGAAGCGCACUUGGAAGCUUCGCACCUGGAUAAACACAAAAUGCAAAGAGCACACGGACCUUGUAAUGAUAAAGCUGGGCAAGGCAGAAAUGAUUCGAAUUCUUUCCCGCAAGAUUUCUAUACUGAAAAAUUAUCAAUUGAGCUCAUUAACAGUGAGAAAGCUCGAGAUUGUGUAAUACCCCAUGGUUUGGAUGAGACUGAUGGAAACCAAUGCAAUGAAAAUUUACAGCAUGUUGCAAGAGACAACUCUGCUAGUAACCAUAAAGCAGUUGCUACUUCAGACAUGUGCAGCUCAUCUCAGAUUGCCCCUUUGGCUGAUAUGAUGAACUCAGAGUCAUCCUCUAUUUCAUCUUGGAGUCAUGCCUUCAAGCAGAGCCCUAUAGAAGUUCAAGCACUUUCAUGUCUUCAGGGGAGAAGUUCUAAAUCCUUUACCUCAAGCCCUGGGCUCCCUGGAAAUGAGCUUUGUCAAGGCAAAAAUUUGUUAUCUAGCCCAAAGUUGUGUAGUGCUACCUUACUGCAGGCCAGCUGGUUGAAUGAUUUCCAGCUGGAGGGUCAGCCACCAUCUACAAGUUCUCUUUCACUGAACUGCAAUAAUGACAAUGACUUUGCAUUUGAGCAUAGUCCUGUAAAAUACUCCAAGGAUUUCGAGUGUCUAAGGUCCAUAAAAAGUUUGGAUCUCAAUAGUGUCUUGCCUAGUUUCUCCAACAAUAUGGCUGGUUCACAAGUUGCCUCUCAUAUACAUGGUGAAAAUAUACUUCAAAGUUCUACUGCCUGUUCGAUUGCUGAAACUCAAGAACAUGAUAGAAAAUCUGGUGAAAGGAGAGACUUAUCAAUCCCACUGGAAUCUACCCUUGAACAAGCUAAUUCCUUGUGUGUCCAUGAUGCUGGUUUGGAGAAGGUGGAGGCAAGCAACUCCCUAGAUUUUAAGACGAUGCCUGGAUUUCACAUGUACAACAAGCCUUCUAUUGCCAAUUGCCAGUGCUCAUCACAUGCAUCCCCCUUCAGAAACCAUCCCAGCUCUUGUGCAAAAGAAGACAUCAAAGACAAAGAAAAAGAUAGGAUACCUGAUAUGAACUUGGAAUUUGAUCAUGUGUCUGAUAGAGAAAAACAACUAGAUAAAACUGAGUCGGUUGCAAAAAGUGAACCUUGUGAAAAGUUUCCAGGUUAUGGAGUAAUUGACCUGAAUUCUUGCUUAUCUAUGAAUGAAUCUCUGCUAAUGCCUUCACAUUCAAUAGAAAUAGAUUUGGAGCCACCUGCAAGUCCAGAAAACAAGGAUUGUUCACCUCCUAGAGGGGAAUCUGAUGAAAACCAGCUUGAGACACCUCUGCUAUCUUCAGGACAAGACAAUGGGGAUCUGCAAGAGACACUAGUUUGGAAUGCAGUGGAGGCUAUAAUUUCCAUUUCAUCAUCUGAGAUCCAGACUUGUCUAGAAAGGACCAGUUGUGAACCUUUUAAAGCUUCUAAUUCCCUCUAUUGGUUUGCAAGGGUAGCUUCUUCAGUAGUGGAUGAUCCAGGAAGCGAAUUUGGAGUUAACAUAGGUGUUAAGGAUUGUGGUGAUCAUGAGGAGUAUCCAUCUGAUGGAAUUGAUUACUUUGAGGCCAUGACAUUGAACCUAACAGAGAUAAAGGUAGAAGAGUCUUGGUGUAAAAGCAAUGGCCAAAAAGAGGAAGAACCAAAUGCAAUUUUUUUGACAAACCAGCCCAAGAGGGGCCGAACAAGGAGGGGAAGACAGCAGAGGAAGGACUUUCGAAGUGAAAUUCUUCCAAGCCUUGCCUCUCUUUCAAGGUAUGAGGUCACUGAGGAUCUUCAGAUGAUAGGAGGGCUAAUGGAAGCCGCUGGCGCUCAGUGGCAAAGUGGUUCUUCAGGAAUUGCAAGUAGAAGUGGAUACACAAAAGGGAGGCGACGGUCAAAUCCCCGUGCUUCCAAUGUAAUGGAGAGCACGAUGAACAUGUUGCUGAAGCAGCAGUCUGGUACUAGUGAAGUGGGUAUCCAGCAGAGAAGACUAAUAGAGUGGGGGAAGAUAACAAGAAGACCUCGGGGGCCAAGAUGUCCAUCAAGUAAUCCUCGGCUUAUAUUAGGCAAGGUAUAGAAAGAGUAACUUGAAAGACUUUUGGGGUUAGCUAACAGCGAGUCAUUUGAUUAUCAUGUACAUGUCAACUUAAAUAUGGCAUACCAAUUAUUACAUCGUAUAGGAGAAUAGAAGUCCAUUUUCAACUUUCAAUGGCUUUUGGUCUUGGUACUGUCAAGUGAAUGAUGGAAUGUGAAUAUGCUCUUUUGAACCCUAGAUUUUGUUCAAAACUUAAUUGAAAAUCAACGACAUAGCAAUAUAUUUUGUGUA